GUUAGAGAACUAGCAGUGUAUAUUUGCUCUGUAUAUAACCAGAUAUAACCUAAACUUGAUCGGCAUCAAAAUAACUGGAGAUAACGAAUCAGAAUUGUUAAGAAACCGAAAAACACCUCGCCUUGUAAGUUUUUCAUCUGAAUCCAGAAAAAUGGUAUUUUUAACUGCGCGGUUAUUUCUAAGAAAUCCAGGUCCCGACGAACUUUGGAGAAAACGACAAAUCUUUAAACUCGCUGCUCAUUAUAUUGGGCGAAAAAGAAACUGUUACAGUAUAGCUAUUAGAAAUGUACACAGAGCACUCUUAAAGACUACAUUAGGAAGAAAGUUGAAGAAGCAAGAUAUGAGAGAGCUUUGGGAAACCAGGAUAGAAGCUGCUUCCAAUGAACAUGGUAUUAGUUUCAGAACUUUGUUGGAAGGAUUAACCAGGUGUAAUAUUUUACUUAAUCGCAAAUCUCUAGCAACUCUAGCUGUAUGGGAACCACGAACAUUCAAAUGUUUGUCAGAUGUUGCAUGCGCAAAAACAAAGCUGGGAGGAAUCAAAGCAGUUGCAAAUAAUCCCAUGCCUGAAAAUGUUAUAUCUAACAGAUUAGUCGAUGAAUAAAAAGUUUAUAUUUCAUUUCAA